ACACUCCAUCCCUCGUUCUCACACACACAGACACAGACACCCCCUGCUNUACACCCCCUACUCAGAGACUUACGGGUACUCUACACUCCAUCCCUCGUUCUCACACACACAGACACAGACACCCCCUGCUCAGAGACUUACGGGUACCCUCUCUCCAUCACUCAUCGCUCUUCCACGACACGGCUUCAUCCCAAACGAUGCAUCAUCAGCGAGCCUGAUGCGCUUCAACUGAAAGAGAAAGAUGAACAUGACGCGCUCAAUCCCCACUUCGGGGAAUGGUGCGCUGCCUGGGCUAACAGUUUCCGAUACCAGCAGAAGCAUAAGCAACGGCCGGUCUCUCGGUGGGAAAAGCUGGCUCGCCUCUGCGCGCUGGGCUCGCCGUUCAGAAGACGGAGAGGGAGAUAGCGUCAUCGAUCGCGUUGCUGGUGCAAUAAACGUCCACGCCUCUGGUAUCUGCAAAUCCCCAUCAGCGGUGAUUAGGGGCUUUGCAGCGCUCAUCUUUGUCCUGCUUGCAUUACAGCUUUGCACCAGCCCUACGCUGCCUCCAUUUUUCUCUUUCUCUAGCACUUCAUUAACAACAUCAGCAGCAAUAGCAGGAGUAGGAGGAGGAGGAGAAGGGGAGGGGGGGGGAGAAGGAACUGGAACUGGAUCUCAGGCGGCCGCCGUGGACCUCAGCUAUGAUGAUAUACGUGCGGAUGAGAGAGUGCCACGUGGCUGCAGGAGCCGAUUAGAAUUGAAAGGUUAUCGGGAUGGCGAGCACAGACGCCGCUACAGACGUCCUGACGACGGCUCGUUGGAGUUACAGGGAGGGGGGGGAAGAAAUGCCGGCGACGUCCGACCGCCCCCGAUGUCCGGCGCGUUGCAGGAGCGCUUGCGCGCUUAUGCCGCGCGGCAUCGCGAAUGCGCCGGCAGCAUCGAGAUGGGCUUGCAGAGGCGCAACCUGACAGCACUAUACUACCACGAUGUGGACGACUCUCAGUACCGCACGAAUCGUUCGUCUCACAAUAGUGAUGAUUCCGAUGUCAAUGAAAAGACACCGACGAUGACGUGGAAGCUACAGGCAGGUCCGACAGGGCGUGCCACGUCGGAUGCGCAGGCGGGGGGGAUGUCCAUGGCCAUGGAUAAUGAUCGUUCCAGCGACUCUUGUCGGUACCUCGUAUGGGUGACACGUGUUCAUCACGGAUUGGGCAACAGAUUGCUGUCCUUGGUAUCAGCAUUUGUGUAUUCAUUGUUGACGGAUCGAGUGCUCGUCUUAGAUCCCAGCGGCGGGCUGGAGGAUCUUCUGUGCGAGCCCUUCCUUGGCUCCAGCUGGCAUUUGCCGGCCGAUUUCCCCGUCGACCGUGCUGUCAAGGACGCCGUUGAUUUCGGCUUUCAGCAGGAGGAGGAGGAGGAAGAGGAGGAGGAGGAGGGGGACGAGCUUGCAGGCGCUGCACCAUUUGCCCAGCGGAUUGGCGGCGGGAAACGUGCCUCUGUUUCUAGGACUGGUGCUUGGCGCGCUGUUCGGUCGCAUCUGAACGCCUCCGUACACGACGGUUCGGGCUCCAUUUGGCGCUUUUUCUGCGAAUCUGAUCAGGCUAGGUUCGGCAAGGUGCGGUGGCAUUUCUUCCUGAGCAAUCAAUAUCUGAUUCCAGGUUUGCUAAUGAUUCCCAGCUAUCGUGCGCAGCUGGAGCGGUGGUUUCCGGGAGAGCUAAUGGGGAGUUGGAUGUUCUCUCAGCUGGGGGGGUACCUGCUUCUACCCCGAGAUGACCUCUGGGAGGAUAUCAAGAACAGAUACGAGUGCCACAUGGCAGGUGCUCACAAGAUCAUUGGAAUGCAGGUGCGCACGUUCGGCGCCGGAUAUGAUACCAAACUCCAUGGACGCAUAGCUCAAUGUCUGUUCAAGCAGCGGAUCUUGCCUCUUCCGAACGAGAUCGUCGAGCAAGAGGAAGAAGAAAACACCCCGCGAUCUGAGUCACCAACAAAUCUGACGGCGUUGGUGGACCGGAUGGUAGCCAAAGCGUUGGCUGAAGUCGGGGAAAAAGGAGGAGCCGAUGAUGCCGGCUUGUCGGCUUCGCAGCAUACGUCAUCGUCGUCGAUGGAACAAGGUCGGGGAGCAGCAGCAGCAGAAGGAGGAGGAGGAGGAGGAGGAGGUGGAGGAGGAGGAGGGAGUAUGACGGCGAGCAGUAGUUCGCCUUUGCUAAUGCAGGCAGGAUCGGAUGGCGGGUUGUUCGCGUUCUCGUCUUCAACAGUCCGAGUAGGGGUCGGAAGAAGAAGAGGAGAAGCCGGAGGAGGAGGAGGAGGAGGAGGAGGAGGAGGAGGAGGAGGGACGGCGGUGGAAGUAGAAGUAGACGGGAGCAGAUCGUCGCCUUUUGUGAUGACUUCAGCGAAAAUGCACCCGAACGGGGAGGAGACGGCGGAGGCGGGGUCGUUGAAGACAAGGAGAGAAAACGAAGGUGAUGGAGUUGGUGGUGAUGUGCAGAACGGCGAGGCGGGAGCAGCGAAAUGGGGAAGGAGGAAUGGCCUCCUUUCUGAGCACAAGGAAGGCGCUCCAUGCAAUGGCUAUGGUGACAACGACGAUGGUGGUGGUGAUGGCAUUGAUUGCAAUGGAGGGGUGUUAAUCUUGCUGACUUGUUUGUAUGGUGGCUAUCGGGACAUGCUGGAACAGAUGUUCCGCAAUGAGAGCGUGACGAUUCCAGAGGGUGGAAACUUGACAGUGAAGACAUACCAACCGAGUGUUGAAGGGACGCAACUGAACAAUAGCACAUACCAGAAUCGGAAGGCACUGGUAGAGAUGUGGUUGCUGAGCCUCAGCGACCAGCUUGUGAUCACCGAGAAAUCGACGUUUGGAUAUGUUGCGCAGGGUUUGAGAGGAGGGGGGCGUCCUAUGUAUAUGAUGAGUUUGUCGUUCAAAGGAUCAGGGCACAAGAAGAAUUGUGCGCUUGCGCCGAGAGGCGACGUCUGCCAAGCAUUCCCGCCCAAUCUGACUCAGCUAAGGAGGGGAUGCCCACGUGGCAGUGAGGGUCGGAGGAAGAAGUGGAACAGGGAGCGGAGAGAGAGGAGUAGCAGCAGUAGUGCCACCAUGCUCUCCUCUGCGCUCCCAGAUGCAGAUCGUUUCUUGGGACGACACCUUGGGAAAUGUCUGGAUAGAAAAAUAGGACUUCAACUCGUAUUGUGACAACGUCGACGGGCAGAAUUGACUAAGUCCCAUUUUUUUAAAUUGAAAUUUAACCAAGUCUCUCCAUGGUAUUGAAAUUGAGUGAUUGACCCAUGGUGAUGCGAUCUGUCUAUUUUGGUUGGUGGGCUCGGUUAUGAAGCCUAUACACACGGACAAGGUCACACAAGCAAGGAGAUAAUGAACGCUGGCCACGAAG